UGCGACCGCGCAUCCGCGGGACCGCGCGGAUACGGAUAAGUUUGCUGCUCGUGAAAGGAGCCUCGAUCGGUCGAGCCUCGAUCGAUCGACCGACGGCGGCGUUCGCGGCGCGCCGAGCCCCCUGCGCGGCGGCCAGCUGCUGCCAUGCCCGCGCAGCUCGGGCGGGUCCUCUUCGCGGCCCUGUUUGGCGCCGCCGUGCGCGCGGGCAGGGCACCGACCUCGGGGUCGCCCGUGGCCCCCCACGCCGCGGCGAGGGCCCAGAGCUUCGUCCGCCCGCUGGCGUUCACGCACCGCCUCCGCGUCUGCAACGCCUACCCAAGCGGCACGGCCGUGGAGGCGGGGCCAGGGAUCUGGCUCACGGCCGCGGACGGGCCGAUGCGGUACGAGACGUGCCGGGACUUCGACCCCCCCCUGAAGGCCGGGGACAAGCUGGAGGUGAAGGUCGGCGAGAUCACCACGGGGACCUUCGCCGUGUCGGACCUGCCGGCGAACGACGCGGUGAUGCUGCUCGUGGUGCAGCGCCACGACUCCCUGAGCACCGCCGUGGCCUUCGAGUCCCACGUCUUCGCCGCCUCGGAGGGCCCCCAGGUAGCCAUCAUCGACACCUACAAGGGGACCGGGCACGCCAAGACGCUUAUCAAGGACGUCGGGAAGCAGCCGCGCAGCGAGGAGCUGCGCUACAACAGCGUGGUGGCCGUGAGCCCCGGCAGAUAUCAGUGGCGGCUGCCCGCUUCCGAGGACGGGGCUUCACUGAGGUCGGGCGAGCUGGUAGCGCUCGACCGGGAGAGCUACGUGCUGCUGCGCACCGGCGUGGAGGGUGUCCUUCUCUACGCGAGCUCGUGCGACCUCAACAUGGAGUGUGACAAGCGAGCGGCACGUGCCUUGCGCGUGCGAGCGAUAAUCGCCGAGAGAGCCGUCUCCACCUCUGUUUUGUGGUCUUUCCCUCCGCUCCCCGCGGCGAAGCCCUUCCUCUUUCCCCUUGCGUGUUCCCUUUCCUCGGUCGUCCCUUUGCGUUUCCACUGUCCUGGCUGAGCUGAGCAUGUGCCGUGCGAUUCCGGGUCUGUGACAGGCAUGGGCAGCGGAUCCGUCCAGCCACUGUCGCGAUCAUGUGCCAGCAACGUGUGUGUCGGAAGUCCUAAGCUGUGCGAGAGAAAGAAGGGGG